AUGGUUCAAAAAGCAAAAUCUCAUAACAUUCACCUGUUGCUCAGCGAGUUUCCUGGAUCACCGCACAGCGCUCACAUACACCCCGAAGUUGGUCCACUUUGUCAGGAGAGUGGCAUUACCAAAGACCAUCUCAUGUCACCAAAGCCUUCUGAUUCAGGUGUAAUCAGUGUUACAAAUGCUAUGAUCAUUGAGCUAUUCAAGUACAGAGAAAGGAGUGGAACCACAUGGGAGACAGUUGCAAAUAAAUGGUGGCCCAAUCUGUUUGACUGUCAUAGACCAUUGGGAACAAUUUAUAAUAGUUGGUGCCAGGUACUUAAAAAGCAUCGGCAAUUGCCCAAAGAAGAACAAACAGAUUUUGAAGCCAAGACAUACACAAUUCCACCACCUAAACCAGCAAGAUGCACUGCUCAGGCUGAUGGAGUUCAGUGUGAUGGAAAAGAAGACCACCAAGAUGAUAUUCUGGAUGAUUGCAGUGAGGUAGAUCUUGAUUGCUUUCCUGAUAGAGUUUCAGACCAUACCAUUGACAGUAUUGUAAACUGUAUGCAACUCCUGGCCAACUUCUACGAAGAUAGUGGUGAAGAUCAUGAAUGUACUAAGCGAGAAUUGGCUGAAUGCAAAAAGAGGGAAAAAAUGUUACAGAGUGCAUAUGAUGAUCUGAUUGCAGCUAACGAUGAUCUUAAACAAUGUCUCAGCAUCCUGAAAAGAAAAAAUAUAGUCCGCAGACUUCAUCGAAGAGAAGAACUGGAAGAAAAAAAUGAGACCAUCCAAAAGCUACACAGAAAGAUUGAACAGUUGGAAGUGCGAUUGAAGAACCUGCAGAAAUCAAAGAAAAACAUGCUUGAUUCAAGGAGACAUUUCAGGCUCAAUACGAAAAAUUUCUCAGCAGUGAAAAAAGAAUUGAGUAAAAAGAUCCUUGUACUUGAACAGGAAAAUGAUCAUUUGAAAUCUGAACUUGAUGGAAUAAUGGCAGAUAAGGAAGUGAGGGCCUUUGAAAAUGGGAGGUAUUCAAAUGAUAUUAGACUCGUCUGCUAUGAGCUCAUUGCACGAGGCGUAGGCAGCAAGCAUGUCUCGGACAUCAUCCGGAUUGUUCUCAAGGACAUUUGCAAGAUGAAGAUUGGCAGACUGCCUAAACCAACUCUAAUAAGGUAUCUUGCUGUUGAGCAAGCCUUGCUCAAUAAGGAAUGUGCACGUGCAAAGAUACAUCAAUCUGAGACUCCUGUCACUCUUCACACAGAUGGCACAACCAAAAAAAGGAAAGGCUAUGUCACAUUCUUGGCUUCAACAAAAGACCAAACUGUUGGAAUGAGUCUUCAUGACAUUGAGGUUGAAACAGGAGAAUCACUCUUAACAGAUACCAGGGAAACUCUAGAAGAAUUAGUUCGUCUUAAUCUGUGUGAUGAUGUAAAUGAAGUCCACCGCCUCUUGGCUAAAUUCAAGACAACAAUGACUGAUCGUUCUAUUGUCAAUAAGCUCUACAUAAAUAAACUAGAGCUGUGGAGAUCCAACAUACUUCCGCAGGUAAUAGAAAACUGGGAGAGCUUGGAUGAUGGGGUCAAGCAGGAGAUAGCUACCAUUAAUGAUUUAUAUUGUGGAAAGCAUCUGGUAUUGAAUCUGCAAGAAUAUUCUGCAAGUGCCCUUUGUGAGUGGGAAAAAGUAGAAGCGAAUGAAGGAAAAUUGGGGAGAGAGAAGCAAGUCCUUUGGAACAGAAGCAAGACAGAGUCAGCUAGUCUACUUGCCGUUCGUUCUUUUUGCAACUUACUUGGUCCUGACUGCGACGAACAGUCUGGUUUGACUGAAGAGUUUAAGACAAUUGUGCAAAAAUCAUCCUUAGUUGCAUACAGGGGAAACAGAUUUAAUGUACCGUUCCACAACUCUGCGGCAGUAUAUCACCACAUUUCAGACUUUCACACCCUCUGUGCAUCAUUAGAUUCAAAACGUGAAGGAAAUAUGUAUGUCAAAUCAUUGAAAGCUGACUUUGAUGAUGACAUAGUUGUAUCAGGAAUCAGAGCAAUGGGCAUCAUAAAUCAGCACAUUUCUGCCCCAUUAAUGAGGAUGUUGGAAAGUCAUUCGCAUGUCAUGGACACCGAUCAACACUAUACAAGACUGCAUGAUAAAGUUCAGGAGUGGAUGGUAGAUCCAUCACCACUGUUAACGGAUAGUAGCAUUCUCUUUCCAGCAUUUCCCCCAGUCAAAGAUUCAAUCCACAAAUCUCUCUAUGACCCUUGCAGCGCAAACAUUGAACAUCUUACCAAGCAAGCACUAAUGAUAAUACUUCACAAUUGUCUUGUUUGUAUCACACGCCAGCUGUCAGAUCAUUUGCCAGGAGGACGAUUUCACAGUGCUCCAGAGAACAUACGGAAACAAACUGCAUCAUGUCCUAAAGACAACCUGUGCGCAGAGAGAAUGUUCGCUGGUUUGGACUAUCUCAAACGUAAAAUGCCGAACGCAAAUACAGUUGCCCUGGAAGGCAUACUACUUUGGAGCCUUAACAAGACCAGAGACUAUUUGGAUGAAAUGUCAGAUGAGAAGAAAGAUCAGUACUUAUCUGAAGCUGUGAGGCAAAGGAAGUCAUUUCUCCAGCUUUACCAAGGAAGAAGUAAAGCAAUUAAAGAAAAGAUUGCUGAGAAGUUGCUUCUGAAUAAGCGCAGAAAAGAGGACAAACUGAAGGAAAUCGCAAAGCAGCGUGUUCAGAUGACCUCAGAAGCCUUGCAGUUGUGUGGGAUGCUGUGCACCUCAAACGAUGAUGUUGAUGAACUGAAGCAAAGAGCGAAAGACUUUCGACAACUGGAAAAGUUUCUUAUUGCUCAAAUUAAGUACCUGAAAUCAACCAGCACAGGUGGUGUAAAGAUGGAGCUGUUUCACCUAACAAAGGGAAAAAAUUAG